GCGAUUAUUUGAAACACACGAAAGCGAGUAGACACUAUUUUGAGAACCCCCAUUACAUGAAACUUGAAAAGUGAGGUUACGUAAGCGCACUUCAUUCAUGACUUAAAAUAAACCAGAGAAUACACCAAAUCGGGAUGCGAGUCGUGGUGCAUCUCUCGAGGCGCAUUUCCGGUCAUUUCGAGCGAUAAUAAGGUCACAUUUUUUGAGUUUAUGUAAAAAUUUUGAAAUUUGUGACGUAAUCGGCACGUGGUCGAAAUGUUUAAAUCGCUGUUACCUUGGAAACACAGAAAAACAAAAGUGAUGGUCCCAGAGCAAACGAUGGAAGAUGACCAAAACCUUGAAGACCAAAGCCUCGUCCCUUGCCAGACUUGCGGUCGCACCUUCCUGCCCUUGCCUCUGAAAAAACAUGCCCCCAUUUGCGAGAAAAACGCCACGAAAAAACGCAAAGUUUUCGAUUCGUUGAAACAGCGAGUUGAAGGCACCGAUUUGGCCCAAUUCCACCAAAAAUCCUACUUGAAAAAACCGUUAGAAAGCGCACCAAAACCGCAAAAAAACCAGUGGGAGGAAAAUCACCAAAAACUGGUCGAUGCCAUCCGAUCGGCGAAAGGGAACAUGUCUUCGGUGAAAAAAGCGACGCCUCCGCCCUCUUUGAACGAGCGGUGCCCCUUUUGCGAGCGCCACUUCGGCCCCAAAGCCUUCGACCGUCACGUGGAGUGGUGCAAAGAGCACCGGAGUCGCAUCCAAAAAUCACCAGCCAAUGUUUUACUAGCGAAGGAACGACUCGAAGCUCGGACUAAAUACAAAGUUCCGCCUCUGACAAAGUCGAAACGUGUUACUGUGAAAGAAAAGUAUUCCAGUCCGAGUUUGAAUCGGACCGAGUCGAUUUGUAGCGUCAAAAGUACACCGGUUGUCGCCAAACGCAGCCCUAGUGUAAGGAAGCCCAAAUCUGUGCUCGAUUUGGGAAAAAAAACCGAGUUGAAAGUCGACAAAAGUUCCCGAAAAUAUUGUCCCGGUCGAGAGAAAAUCAAUACGAAUCACGUGGAAAAUCUCGAAUCGAUCACUGUAGCGCCGGUUAAGUUCAAAAAAUUGGUAACUUGGAAAGACAUGAGCGAGAAAAGUCCCGACUCCGAAUCGGUGAUUGUCGUUUAUGAAAAUUCCAACGUUUUCGGGAAAAAAGAAGCCACAAAAAGUCACACUUUUAUCGAAGAACUGAAGGAAAUUCUCACGGAUUCCGACAGUGAUUUCUCCAAGAAACAAAGCGAAGAAGUGACUGUUUCAAACACCACGAUCGAAGAGUGCAAAAGUGCCCCUGAAUUCGCAAAUUCGGACGAGGAUUUGACGAAAUUAAUCAACUCACACAUCGACAGUGAACUGUCUUUCAGCGACUUGGCCGAGAAUUUCCAAAAUUGUUUCAUUUCAGACGAGGAUUCGAAACAUGAUCUAAGAGAAAAUUCGGACAAUUUGGGGGAAAAACACGAUUCCCCCUCAAACGAUUCACUUUUCUCCUCACGUUCGACCGAAAAAAACGACGCGAUUUUAACAGCUUCGGGGGAAAAACAUGAUUUACUUUUGUCCUCGCGUUCGACCGAAAAAAAUGACUCGGUUAUAAGCAUUUCAGGGGAAAAACUCGACUACCCCUCAAACGAUUCACUUUUCUCCUCGCGUUUGACCGAAAAAAACGACCCAACCGGGGUCGUUUCGGGGGAAAAACACGAUUCACUUUUGUCAUGGCGUUCGACCGAAAAAAACAACUCGGUUUUAAGCAGUUCGGGGGAAAAACUCGACUCCCCCUCAGACGAUUCGCUUUUGUCAUCGCAUUCCGCUUUGGGGGAAAAACAUGACUCACUUUUGCCAAAAAACGAUUCGGUUUUAACCGCUCCGAACAUCUUUUGUUUUGGUAAAGUCCAGAAUUUUAACGAAUACGAAGUUCCGAAAAAACGUCGAAAAUUGAAUUCGACUUUUAUCGUCCAAGUCCCGACUUUUCCAAAAAAAUCGGGUUUUUUACCGAAAAUCGUGACCGACGUUGAAAAACCGAUCAAAAUUGCUGUUGAGGAAAAAAUCAAAUCGCCGAUGAAAUUGCCGAUUUUGGGCAAACGACAAAAGAAAGUCAGGAAAGAAAAUGUCGAAGUCAAAAGGGAUACAAGCGACGUCUUUUUGAGUUACCGAAGCCCCGUUUCGUCACAAUACGACCCGUUCGUAUCGGCCGAGCGACAAUUUAAAGAACUGCUCGAUUGUGACACAAUUCGUCCACACACAGCGGUCGAAAAAGCGAAAUCUCCUCCGAAAAAAAGCGUAAAAUCGGCAGAAACAUCGAAUAAUAAGAAACGUCAAUCGGUGAUCGAUCCACCGGUUUGUUUCCAAGAUUCCGAAGACGAUUUCGAGCUCCUCGAAAAUAUUUUAAACGAGAAAACGAAUUUUAAACUCGACUUAAAUAAAAAUGACGAUUGUUUCGAUAUUUUUUCAAACACUGUUACCGUUGAGAGGAAAUACAGCGAUGAUAUGUCAUCGAUUGAUUCGAAUUUAAUAAACGAAAAUGAUAACUUAUCGAUUCCGGAAAAUUUCAAACUAGAUAAUUAUUCGCCAACAUCGACCGAAGACACUGACACAACAAUACAAAACGACUUCUUUGAAAAAAUCGAAACUACGAAAAAAACUAAAACUAAGACGGGCUGUAACGAGGUGGCUAAGACCAAAAGUAAAUGUGUAAGUAAGGCAAAAACUACAAAAGAGGCGGAAAAAAAUAAGAACGUGGAGAAUAACAAGAAUUGUGACAUAAAGGCCGAAGAUUUGUUUGCGGUGGACGACAAAAUGUACGCCGAAUACAAAAUCUACGAGGAAAUGUAUCUCAAAGAGAAGGAGCAAAGGUCGAACAAAAAGUCCAAAGCGAAGCAUUCGGUCAAAUCGUACGGAAUCGAACUAGAGAAAAGUAAAGUAUCGGACGAUUCGGCCUACGGCAGUCUCACUAGGGCCAAAAUGGACUCGGAGAACGUGCGAAUGUCGAAAUUUUGCCACGAGUGCGGAAACAAAUAUCCACUUACAACGGCGAAGUUUUGCGUCGAGUGCGGUGUGAAACGCUUGGUCUUGUGAUAUUUUUCGUUGCUUUACCAAAGUAUUUAACAAGUGCAAUUAAUUUUUUUAUACAAAUAUAUAUUUUUGCGCGAUUAACGGCCAGGAGUGUGUUUGUGUUGUUAUUACCAUUCCAAUGAUUUUAUUAUUUAUUAACAAAGACUGAUGUGUUUUUCUCAUUUUUUUAAUAAUUAUUAAUAAAAAAUUAAUUAGUU